AUGUGCUGCCGCGCCAGCCGCACACAAAAAAGCAGAGCGAGAAACGCUGCCGGACCGGCAUUCUCACCCACACCCUCGCGUGGCCGUGCGCCCGCAACAACGGCGCGAGAGGCCCAAGGCAACCCAGCAGGGCAUCGACGGGCCAGCAACCCGCCCUCCGUGAGGGGGCAAAAGGCGCGCGGGUUCGCGCGGCCGGAGGGAGUCCGGGCCGCGCUCCGUCCCGCCAGAGCCGACCGGACAGACGGCGCCUUGUGCCUCGCCGCCCUCCCGGCGCCCAACCAAAGGGCGCAUUGCACCCGCCGACGCGGCAGCGCCACUCACGGCGCAAGCGCCAAAGCCACGGCGCAGCGGGUGGGCCUCAUGCGCCGACACAAGCACAUGAAAAAAUAG